CACCGUGGGAACGUCCUCCGGCCUCUCCCCCAUCCCGCUCCCAGCAUUACCCCAAACCGCUACCCCGGAGCGGUGCUGAGGGGGACAGCGCUGACGUCCCCUGCCGGUGUGCGGACUCUGCUGGUGGGAAGACUGUGACCCCGAGGUCUUUGGGCAGCUGUGCCAUCAGCAUGGGCUCUGCAUCCAUGAGAACUGCCUGCCACUUGUAGUGAUGGAGCUGAGGUCACAGCACCGCAAGAUGGGGGAGUCCCCCACCGUGCCGCCGGAGGAGCAGGCAGGACCCUCUGGUGUGCCUCCCCCACGCAAAAAGAAGCGUCAGGCCCCCAAGGAGGAAGUGUGCGGGCUGUGCCGACGGGGAGACUGUGACCCCGAGAUCUUCGGGCAGCUGUGCCAUCAGAAUAGGCUCCUCAUCCAUGAGAACUGCCUGUACCACGCCAGCAGACUGAUGCAGAGAGGGGCCGAUGAAGAGGGCUUCUAUGGCUUCCUCUUCCCUGACAUCCGGCAGGAGCUGAAGCGGGUGGCACAAAAGAGGUGCUGCAUCUGCCGGCUGCAGGGUGCCUCGGUCACCUGCAAGAGCCGGCGCUGCCGACGAACGUUCCACUUCCCCUGCGGAAGCGAGCGAGGCUGCAUCUCCCAGUUCUUUGGGGAGUUCAAGUCCUUCUGCUGGAAGCACCGGCCGGUGCAGCGGGUGCGGGCGGUGCAGCAUGGCCAGACCCCCUGCCUCAUUUGCCUGGAGGCAGUGGCGGGGCGACCCACCUAUGACACCCUGGUCUGCCCUGCCUGUGCCAGCGCCUGGUUCCACCGUCGCUGCAUCCAGGGCCAGGCGCUGCGGUCUGCCCUGCACUACUUCUGCUGCCCGCUAUGCCGGGACAUGGCAACCUUCCAGGCGGAGAUGUUCCGCCUGGGCAUCAAAAUCCCCGACAGGGAUGCUGCCUGGGAGGAGGAGGAUGGAGCCUUCGCGGAACAUUAUGAGCGGCACAGCUCCUGCGAUGCUGGCCUGUGCCUGUGCCCGGCAGGACGGGAGCAGGCGGAGGUGAAUGGGCCCUGGAGACUCCUGCUCUGCAGCUCCUGCGGCUCCCGCGGAACACACCAGCUCUGCUCUGCCGUGGGAGAAGAUGCCAACUCCUGGGAGUGUGCAGACUGCAGAGGCACGGGCACUGGUGAGUGGUGCAGCUGGUGGACAGGGUCCCCAGGGCCACCGCAGGGACCCUCGCACAGCACCCCAGCUCCUGGCACUUUGGCUGAGGAAGAAGAGGCCAGCAUCCUCAAAGGACACCCCAGCACCCCACUGCCCUCCCAGCCCCUGUCCCAGAAUCCUGCAGACCCUCACUAA